AUGGCGUCGACUGAAAGCUUGGCUGAGACCGGUGCGAAGCCAUUCGACAUCGUCGCAGCCUACAAUGAGCUCUUGCGCACCGAUCCUGACUUAACCAUGCCCAUUGCGGCUAUUGAGGCCCUCGUGCUUCUUCUCACCCAUGAGCCUUCCUCCACGAUCUCAGAAACCCUCGAUCUCCUUGCAAAAUCUACCGACCAUUUGAAAAAAGCCAUUCCGAACCCUAUCGGUCUUUCUGCCGGGACCGAUCUUUUCCAACGAUACCUUAUCACAACCUUACAACGACCCGGACAGCUUGGUCCUGCCGGUGACUUCAAAGCUAUUCGAACACAUCUCCUCUCCAAUGGACGACUAUUUAUCCGACGUGCGAAGGAAAGCCGUGAAAAGAUCGUCGCAUUCGGCCGAGGCUUCAUCCGCGAUGGCUGCACAGUGCUUACCAAUGGUGGUUCUCGUGCAGUCGCGUCGCUCCUACAGAAAGCAGCCGACGAAGAAGGAGGUCCAUCCGCGGUGCGAUUCCGUGUCAUUUACGUGUUGUCAUCAACGAGCAAUAACCCCGCGGAGGCGUCUGGCGAACCAGAAGGUAUAGAAACGGUGCGAGCUUUGAGGGCCAAAGGGGUACCGGUAUCCACGAUCCCAGAGUCAGCUGUCGCGUACGCACUCGGAAAGACAGAUAUGGUAAUUGUAGGUGCGGAAGGCGUCGUGGAGAAUGGAGGUAUUGUUUCGCGGAUGGGCACAUAUCAGAUUGGUCUUCUCGCCAAGGCCAUUGGCAAGCCGUUCUAUGUCGUUGCUGAGAGUCACAAAUUUGUUCGGCUUUAUCCUCUUGGCCAAUAUGACCUGCCUAUUGAGCAGCACGUCAUCGACUUCAAGAGCGAGGAGGAUAUCGCAGAAGAAAAUCAACAUAAGCCUUCAUCAGAUCGGCCGGUGCUGCCACUCUGCGAUUCUGUGGACUUUACUCCUCCACACCUUAUUUCAGCUCUUAUCACUGACAGCGGUGUCUUGACGCCAAGUGCAGUGAGUGAGGAGCUGAUCAAAAUCUGGUUCUAG